UUGUAUAAAGGGAGAACAAGUGCCAACGAGUGUAUCACAAAUAUAAAGUCGCUUGUGUCAUAAAGUCGUGUGGUGUUUGGUGUCCGCUGACUCAAGUCAGAGAAGAAAUAUUUCUUCAGUCAAGAGCAUAUGUGCAAAGUCAGAAAGUCUAAAAAAUGACAAAUCAUCUGGGAGCGCAGUCUUUGACCGAAGAUAACCAAGUGGUUUCAAUUGAGUUACCAAAUGGAUCAACAGAAAAGAUUGAAGUCCGCGAUAAACGGAACGCGACUGUCAGGGACUUAAAGGUCACCUGUGAGUUGCAAUUUGGUAUCCCAUGUAAUCUACAGCAAGUCAGCGCUUUGAAAAACCCAAACCAGGAGUUAAACGACUGGAUGCCCCUCACAGAAGCUAUUCAGAUGAUGGGCAAUGAUGCUGUCGUUGUCGUUAAAGUACCUGUGUGGUGGAACAAGUUUAUUUGCGUUUGCUUGAACAAUGAUAUCGAGAACGUUUGCAUAAGAACUAAGCUUCCUAUGCAACAGAUCAGUAAAGAGGAGCGAUUGUUUGUCGCUUUUUACAUCGCUUGCUGCGGUGGACAUGAAAAAUUACUGGAGCGGCUCCAAACUAUGGACAUUCAGUGCGACCAUCAAACAACUACUCGAGCGGGUAGGAAUCUUUUUCACGCUGCUGCAGCAAGUGGAAAGGUAAACUGUGUGGAGUUUGUGGCCAAACAUUUGAUCAAACCAUCAAAGGAGAACUUAACACUAAUAGACAUUAAUAGAGAGACCCCGAUUGAUAUUGCGCGACGAUUAAAUUAUAGCGAGACGGAAAGAUUACUUUAUAAAUACAUGUAUAAUGAAAAGGGCGAACGAAUGGAACGCAAUUCCGCCGAGUCUGGAAUAGAUUUGAGCGAAGAAAGCGAGUCAGAGGACUCUGUGGAAGAAAAAAACCGAUCAAGAGGAAACAUUUCCGCAUGCGAAGGACAAGAUGAUGGUGACAGCAGAAGUGCAGAUGUGAUUAAACCAAUUUGUGUCAAGGACGAGGAAUUAGUGAUCACCGAGUGUGACGAAGGAUUGAGUUUUGCUGUGAACUCGAAAUCAGAACAGGUGACGCCCCCAAAUUCACAUGUUGGAGUGAAUCAACAAGAUGGCUUGGCAACGUGUGAGAGGAGCCUUCAACAAGUGCACAGUCCAUGUUCUUCAGAAAGCUCUGACGAGUCGUCAAAUAUUUCCCACAGGCCGAGUAGACCGCAAACCCUUAAUGUGCAAUCCAAUCAACACUUGCUCCAACGGCGGUUUAAGGAAACCGAUCCUUACAGGCCAAAGAGCGCGCGAACUGUGCGCUGUCCGAAAAUCUACCUCGAGGAAGAGGAAGAAACUGAUGUAAAUGAAAAUCAUCUGCCUCCUUUAGAAGGCCAAACACAGAAACCUCAUGCCCUUGGAAACGUCCUGAGCUCAUCCGCGUCUAACCUGCAAAUUAGGAGAAUGAAACAAGCUCUUGUACGAACUAACAGCGGGCCGAAUUCUCCCAUGUUGAAUCGACGAUUGAAUCCGACGGAAGAGUCACCUACCGAUGAUUUUGUCUCGAAAAGCGCGCCAGGUUCUCCACAGAGUCCACGAUUGUUGUUCAAGCCAUCGCGCAGUACCGCUCCGGUUUCGCCAAAAUUUUCAAGAGCACUGCUGGAUCGAAGACGCGGCUCUGAGCCGGUAGCAGCUAUGAACAAGAUGAAUGGUGUCAGGUUUCCUCGCACGACCAUUACAGCUGAUCUACACGGAGACAUCAAGGGACAACCUGCCUCUCCUAUAAUGUUCAGAAGAGGCAAGGCAAGGUCUGUUUGUGAGGUUAGUCUAGCCGAUUCCCUAAAAGAUCUACGCUGUUACAAAGAUAUGGACGAAGAGGAACGACUGGAUCGACCCUGGAAUGCAUGGAUUGCAGUCAGGAAGGAAUCCUUACAAGCUGUAAGCCCUGAGCCUAUAUUUGAUUCACGAAAGAAGUCUUUCCAACAAUGGCUCAGCGAAAAGGAUCUUAGUCACUUGAGGGGACUCUUUGCAAAAGCUCAAGAGGCUGCUAAGACAAACGAGAAACAAGCAAAAUUGCUCAAGGGAAAAUCUUUUGAAGAAUGGUUAGAGGACAAGCAGCGAGAGUAUGAGAGGGAAAAAGAAAAGGAGAAAGGUUUGGAAGACCAGCAGAAACAGCAAGAGGACAAGAAGAACCAGCGAAGGAGAAUGUCUCAAGCCAAGUACGACAAAUGGCUGCAGCAGAAGGAACGCGACGCUCUGUUGAUGGAAGAAAAAAGAGAGCAAAUGGCAAAACAAAAACACGAAUUUUUGAAAAAGAAGUGGGAAGAAGAAGAUGAAAUGAAGAAAAAUUGUAAACAGCCGCUAGGCCGAACUCAGAGUUUACCUGUGGAGGACCGGGCACUACCAACUCGACAAGUAAUAAACAAACAUAGAUUUACAAGUUUAAAGUAGCUUCUAACUCACACUAUAGGAAUAUUUUCUCCAUCCUUUAGAGUAGUGUAAACAUAAUGUUUUCUGUUCGAAGUUUGAAUGUAAUUAUGUAUCUGUUAGGUUUUGCUGUCUCUUUUUCCUCAGCACAACUAAUUCACUCUUAUGCACACUAUGAAUGAUCAUAAGGGAAUAUUUUCUAGUUUGAGAUAAGGUUUCUCUCGCUUUCGCAGGUGACGGUGGUUCACUUUUGUCUCCCGAUGAUUUCUUACGUUUAAAAUAGUUACUUACAGUUACGGAAAGGGAACAGUCUGACUGUAAAUUUAAAGGCACACCUGAUAUUCAGUAAAGUCUGUUCACCUCGAGAUGAUAUUUAGCGAUGCCACCGACAUAGCACAUCACAAGAGUGGUGUUGUUACUUGUGACAAAAUUAGGCCAACGACGAUAAUAUUGCUCAUAGAACCUGAUUCAAGCUUCGCGAGAAAUAGCUAAAAACGUUAACAAAUUGUUUUUUCAAUUGAUAAUGGUAGCUUAGACUGGUUAGGUUUCGUAUCAAGCUGUUCAGCUAAGAGGAAAAGAGAAGUGUGAUUAAGUUUGUGGUAAGUGUAUUUAUUUCUCAGCACACAAUACAUUUGAGGUGUCAGUUGAACAUUUAUGAAGACCGUAGGGUAAUUGUAGUUUAGGACAAGCUUGUUAUAAGUGAUUUACAAAGGGUAGAUCUGAAUUGAUAAGGUUAAUUUCAAAUCGAAUUAAAUAAAUUAAUUGAUUCAUA